UCACAGCGAUCCAGUGUCAUUAAUAGCGCGGAAGUCGUACAAGCAGCAGCAUCGGCCUAAACUUGUAAGCAACAUGAGACAAUUGGCGAGCGUCGUGUUUGCACUUCUAUGCGUUCUGUGUUGUAUUGCGUCUUGUCUUGCUGUCACGUUCACGGAUUGCGGUUCAACAUUGGGAGGUUUUACGGAAGUAUCGGUCUCGGAAUGUCAUCCGUCUGACGUAAAAUGCACUUUAGUACGCGGUUUUAACGCGUCAAUAUCUAUCAAAUUCACGCCAAACCAGGACAUCGAGCAUGUCAACGUACUUGUAUAUGGCAUAUUGUUUGGCGUUCCAGUACCUUUUCCUUUCGACAAACCUGACGUAUGUCAGGACCCUAAUGAUGGAAUCAAGUGUCCUCUGAAAAAGAAUCAAGAGUAUCAAUAUACAACCUCAUUGUUCGUGCAGAAAACAUACCCUGCGGUGAACGUGAAUAUAAAGUGGGAGUUCGUGAACGAGAAUAAAGAGAAAAUAAUAUGUGUAGAGUUUCCAGCCAAACUUAAAUAAUUCAAAGGACACUGUAUUUAAAAAAUGAAAGAAAUUUACUUUACUAAAAGCAAGUUUAUGACGAGUUCGGAAUAAAAUAUUUUGAUAUGAUAUUAUUUAAACUUAAGUAUUAUGCCUAUAAGGAAAAUAAAUAAUGGCAAAAUGAAAAGGA